AUGGCCCUCACAAGUAUCGCAGAAGCUGGACCCAGAAAGAAAGAAAGAGAGGAUCGAAUCAACAUACUGCACGCACCUAUGACGGAUUACAAAGCUGAGGAUCAAGGUCUGCUGCUCGUCUUUUCCGAUCCAGGCAAGCAUGUCUCCUUGGAAGAAUUUCAUGGUGAGAGUCGGUGCAAGCGCGAACGUGCGUCGCGUGGGGAUGUUGGAGGUCGCUGAGAAAUGGUGUUGGAGUUGACAGCGGGAUGCACGGGUGGGUGGGGGUGUAUGCGCUACGCAAGGGCGGCAAAGCGAUUCACUUGCGUUCCAGUGCUAGCAAAUACGCAACGGGUCGUGUGGGACGGCAAACUCAUCUCUUGGCCACACUGAGCUGACGUCCACUGCUACGUUUCGCCUUUUCGACCAGAUUGGUACGACAACGAGCACGUGCCACUUCGCACGAGUCGAUUCGCGGAGUUCCUGAGCGCCGCGAGGUACAGCGUCUCCUCCUCCGUGUACAGCGAUGGCACGUCCCACUCCCCCGCGGACGCGGAUGCGAACGCGAGCAAGACGUUCGAUUCUCGCUGGGCAGCAAUCUAUUCCAUCAGCUCCAACGACAUUUUCAAUCAGCCGAGGUACACCUCACUGAGAGCCAAUCGGAGCGAGAGAGAGGCAAAAUUGAUCGGAAGGAUCGGAGUGCUGGAUCGAAGGAUUUACAGAUUGGUUUGGGAUAGCGCUCAGGGUGCAAGCGCCUCUUCCGCGCCUCGACCUGCUGCGCCAGAGAGCUCGUCGCAUGCUGCACCCAUCGUCGUGCUCACUUCGGUACAUUUGGCCUCGUCGGAGAAAGCUAAAGAGUACGAACAGUGGUACGACGAGGAACACUCUGCUUUGCUGGCUAAAGUGCCGGGCUGGAAGAGAACCCGUAGGUUCGAGCUGGUCGAUGCGGUAAUCAAUGGCAAAGAUACGAUCCAUGGCGAUGGGGAUAGAGUACCGAGAAUACUCGCAAUGAGCGGUGAGUCCUGGUCGCACGCGGAGACGGGAAUGAGCAGGGAUGGGUUUUGAACGUUUUAGUGCGGCGCGAUGAGGAGUAACAAGAAUCCGACGUGGCACGGCAAAGAUCAGCCGUAGCGAUUCAGCAUGCACUCGGUCGGUCCUGUCUCUUUUCGGCAUGCACUCCUGACUUCUGCUCGUCUAUCACUGCAACCACCGACUGACCCUUUGGCUUGCUUGCUGCGGAUGCGUCUCCCAUCAGAAUAUACCAACCCUGCCUUUGCUUCGUCUGCCGAAUUCCAACACGCAACGUCCACACCCUGGCGGAACAAGGUGAACUCGUCGGAGUACAUCGUAACCAGAGAAAGGAGGGUCUGCGAGAUUUACAAAGCUUGGGAGCCCGAGGCUGCGCUCAAGGCUGCGGAUCAGCUUUAG